UGGGGUUCAUCAGCUCCUGAAGCCACAGGGUCAGGUGACGCUUCUAUCUGGACUCGACUCACAGAUUUAGGACCUGUCGGCCUCCACCACUGGAGAACACCAGCCUAAGCUACAGCUCCAGAGCCAUCACUUCAUCACUUGGGAAGAGACUGGGCUCUAGCUUGACAUGGCUUUCAAUGGCGUGCCAACUGAAGACGGGGGCCAGGUCCAAAUGACAGGAGAGAGACCAGCCAGGCCACCACCUGCCUUUACUGUGGAACCCUGGCAGCCACUUAAGCAACCGCUUUUAGAAGACCCUUACCCUGAUUUUACAAGAAGAGAACUGUCUGACCCAACCCAAAGUUCCUUAACUGGAGCUAGUAGCUGGUUCCAGAACAGGCGAUCUCCAUUCCCAGCUGAAGAGGAGAGACGCCGGUUAUACUGGGUUACGAAACAAGAAAGAGACUCUGUGCAAGGCCACACACUUCAGGAUCUCAAGCCUGACGCCUCCAACUCCGUCCCGCAGAAGAAGAGGAGACUCACUCCGCUCCUGGAGACUCUGCUGAGGAGUGAGGGCUGCUCCGCUCCGAACUCCCAGGGGGUUCCCGGUCAUCAGGGCAGUUCAGACCACCUUAGAGUUUCAUACACUAAGGAACCUGACUGGGCUGUGGAGUAUCAAGGUGACACAGGAAGAGGGCUAUUUCCUGGCUCUCUGUUUCCCAGCAAUGCACCAGACAAUGGCUUUCCUUCUCCUGCCUCUUCCCGUGACAGGGGUGGGAGUGAGACAGGGGGAAGCCAGUGUGCAAACUCCUACUUUCUACACGCGGUCCAUAGUGUGCAGGGAGUGAGGCAGCAGCCCUGGGAGGGGCAGAAAGGGCCUUACUCAGGCUUUCAGGGAGAGGAACACAAUGACUGGCAGCAGUUCUUCUCUGUCCCGAUGCAGGAGCAGGGGUGGUACCCUCCAACUAAGCGGAAGUCAUUGUGCUCUCUGCUGCAGCAGGCAACUCUCGGAAGCGAGGGUGUGUCCCCACCACCACUCCUGGGGCAAGAUGUGCCUGGUGGAGGCUCAGAGCAACCUGGUGUGUCCCCACCACCACUCCUGGGGCAAGAUGUGCCUGGUGGAGGCUCAGAGCAACCUGAGGCCUACACAUACCAUGUGGCCGGUUCAUGAUGGUUUGGCAAAAAGGAUACCUAAUCUUUUGCUGCAGGUGGCGAACCAGUUGUUAAAAAUGACCCUUAGAAUCAGGGUUCUCGCUCAGGUGGGCGGCUGGGGAGCCACCCAGUGUUGACAUUCUAUACUUUUUUUUUUUUAACGUUCAUCUGUCCCAACUUUUUUUUUACAACUGUAUCUAGUUUUUUAAAAAGUAUUCCUCAUCCUGGGUUAUAUUGGAGCUUAUGAAAUAUAGCUGUGAUUUAUUUUGCACAAAUUUGAUAAAACAAUUAUAAACUUCAGGGCACCUCAAUGGUUUCAUGGGAAGGAA